ACUGUUGUGGCUAGUCUUUAUUGUGGUUAGCUUCACACAGGUACUUGUGUAAACCUCUCUUGCAAGGGCGAUAUUGCGCGUGCCCGUGACUCUCUCGCCAUAGAAAAUAAAGCUAUCUGCGCGGCUUCCAUUACAGCCGAGGGUGCAGACUUAAGGAAUAUCUGAAUAUAGACGCAAGAAAACACCCCUGAAUAUGGAUUUACAGCGAGUAUAGGAUCCGUUGAGACUCGGGCCUGCUUGGGGGCAGUGAGACGGCAGGACACUCGCAAAACUGAUGAAAUAUAGAGUUUUUUUUCUCGGCGUGCUUUGUCUUGGCCACCUAGCAAACCAUCAUUGUAAUUCGAUUGGAAGCUAUUCGGCUGGUGUUUGCUAGCAGGUCUGGGGGCUGGUAUACAUCGCCAUGUUGUUAUCAAAUAGUGACUGUUAAAAAGACCCAUCUUGAAGUAAAGGCGGCAAUUGUGUCCACCAGGUCCUACCGUUUUGCCACAGGGACACGAAUCUCUACAGUCGCGGAACCCACCACUACACUGUUGUCGUCGGCGACAUGGCGGAACAAGGCUACUCUUCUUGGGCAUACUCCCUGGUCGACUCCAGCCAGGUGUCCACCUUCCUCAUCUCCAUCCUCCUCAUAGUCUAUGGCAGCUUCAGAUCAUUAAACAUGGACUGUGAGAACCAGGAAAAAGAUAAGGAUGGUAACCCUGUCCCGAAUGGGACCUUCAACAAUGGCAACACAAACAACAGUGAGUCUCACAUAUUUGGUAUUCAGACCAUAGACUCCACACAGGCUCUGUUCCUGCCCAUAGGAGCCUCCGUGUCUCUGCUCGUCAUGUUCUUCUUCUUCGACUCUGUCCAGGUGGUCUUCACCAUUUGCACCGCAGUUCUUGCGACAAUUGCGUUUGCGUUCCUCCUGUUGCCAAUGUGCCAGUACUUGACCAGGCCCUGCUCACCACAAAACAAUAGGAUCUCGUUUGGUUGCUGUGGGCGCUUCACUCUGGCUGAGCUCCUCUCCUUCUCCCUCUCUGUAAUGCUGGUGCUGAUCUGGGUGCUCACUGGACACUGGCUGCUCAUGGACGCUCUGGCCAUGGGGCUGUGUGUGGCCAUGAUAGCCUUUGUACGGCUACCCAGUCUGAAGGUGUCUUGCCUGCUGCUAUCAGGGCUGCUUAUCUAUGACGUGUUCUGGGUGUUCUUCUCGGCCUACAUCUUCAACAGCAACGUGAUGGUGAAGGUGGCCACCCAGCCGGCUGACAACCCCUUAGACGUGCUAUCCAGGAAGCUCCACCUGGGCCCUGGGAUGGGCCGCGACGUACCCCGAUUGUCCCUGCCGGGCAAACUGGUCUUCCCCAGUUCCACAGGCAGUCACUUCUCCAUGCUGGGGAUCGGGGACAUAGUGAUGCCGGGGCUGCUGCUGUGCUUCGUGCUGCGCUACGACAACUACAAGAAGCAGGCCAGCGGGGAGGCGGGGGGGCCAGGCACGCCCGGACGCAUGGGGCGCGUCUCCUACUUCCACUGCACUCUCAUAGGAUACUUUGUGGGCCUGCUGACUGCCACUGUGGCCUCCAGAAUCCACCGUGCGGCUCAGCCUGCCCUGCUCUACCUGGUACCCUUCACCUUGCUGCCUCUGCUCACCAUGGCCUACCUGAAGGGAGACUUGCGGCGCAUGUGGUCAGAGCCUUUCCACACCAAGGCCAGCAGCUCCCGCUUCCUGGAGGUAUGAUGCACCCUGGGAACACAGCCAGCGUGGGGAGGACCGUGAGAGAAGAGGGAGAGUGUGCACUGAAGAGAGGCCUCGUCCUCAUCACUCGUUCAUUCUUUCCACCCAUCCUCUGAGCAGCAGACCUCUCAUAUGGACACCAGUGUGUGGACCUCAUUGCCAGACGACUCCCCUUUGCUUCCUUUUUCUUCUCAUUCUUAGUCUCCCUCCUCCUCUCUCACUUCCUUCUCUUUCCUUCCCUCUCUAUAUUCCCUCCUUUUCUAUCCUUUCCUUAUUUUCCAUCCCCCCCUCCCUUCCCAUGACCCAUUCCAUUUUGCUAGGCCUCUCACGCUCUCCUUUUGCUCUUGGUCUCUCUCUCUGACUUACUGCCGUACCGCCCCUCCAUCCCUUCCCAUUUAUGUAUCUGACUGACUCUGCCGGACUCCAAGGCCAGGUCUCCCCUUAUAUGGAUUACUGGUUGUGGGACGUGACUGGGUCUUCGUCAUUACAAAUCUUGUAAUUAUUAUUCUGGAAUGAUUUGGUAUGAACCACAGAGAGUAGGCAGAGCUGCUGCUGCCACUACGCAGGACAAUGACAUCAGUGCACAGGACCAGCAGCUGAUGGGGGAGAAAGAGAAGGAAUGGUUCAUCAGUCUCCCUCCCUCUGUCUCUGCCACCCAUCUCCCCCCCUGUCCCCUGAACACUUCUCUUUCCUCUACACCCUCAACCUUCCUCCCCCUCUAACAAUCUCCCACCUUCUAUCAUUCGCUGCCCCAUCACAGAAACAUGUAUUUUAUUUAGAAAAUAUUUUAUUCUUGGCAUAUACAGAAAUGAUGCAUUAUAAAUUGUGAAUGUGUCCCUGCUAUUGAUGGGGAUGCAUCUCUCUUUGUAAAUAUGUGUACACACACAUUUGGGUGUCAUGUUGUUUGGGUGUGUGAGUGAGAGCAUAGAAUGAGAGAUUGUGUUAUUACAUUAUGAAAAAUUGAAUAAUGUUUUAGAUCCAGCACAGGUACAAUGACUCGACUUGUGGAGUGACAAAUCUCUGACUUGGAUCACAGCUUUGUUCUGGAAGGAUAGUCAUACUAGGGGAGGUUUCCUUGUGUACACAUUUCUUCUUACGAGUAAAUGAAUGGACCAUGGGAAACCCCUAGAUAACCCUUGACAUGUCAUGGCUGUACCUGGAGGUGUGUGUGUGUGUGUGUGUGUGUGCGAUCAUAGAGCAUUACCUCCAUAAUGUCUAAUGGACCUUGAGAGAGAAUCUCUACGCCCCUGAGGGAUUCGGAUUAAUAAAGGAUUGUAAUCAAUGGACCCUGAGAUGUUCAAACUAACCCAUAGCUAGUUUUUACUGUCAAAGGUUUAGUAUUCCUCCCACGGUUUGAGGUGCUUGUCAGUUAGAUCAUAGCUUCAACGAUAUUGGAAUUAAAGUAUGUAUGUGUGUGAGCGAGAAAAUCAGAGGGAGAGCGAGACUUGAAUGGAACAUGCAGUUUGUCUUGGGUUUUCUUUACCUGUUUAUUUUGUAUUUUUAUGUUGGUUCUCUGGCCUUGCAUGUCAAGUGUACAGUGUGUGUCAUUCCUCAGACUGCAUCAACAGCGCAAACUCUAUGCUGGCCAAAACCAAGGCACUGAGCUUUGCCAGCAAGGCUGCACAGAGGAAAGUUACAUGGACAAAGGCCAGGUGUCUGGAGGACUCUGAACAGUUCUGACCCAACAGGCUAGCUGGCAGAUCUGAGACUCGUUUAGCCCUGACUUCACGCUGGCUGAUCAUUACCUGGACAUUAUCUGGCUGUGGGACAGACAAACGUCAGACGGCCUAAACAUCAUGGACUUCAUGUAACUACAAAAAAAUAAACUCCCCUCUGCCUCUUUAUGGACUUGGCAAAGAAAAUAAAAUAAAAAAACAAUGCCGAUCAUGGUGAUAAAUAAUUGAAGAAAAAUUUGAUGUUUUCAUUUUUUAUGGAAGAUCUUUCUUUUUAUCCCCUUUGUAUUUUUCUUUUUUUUCUUAGUGCUGUAGGUUUAGUUCCAUUUUCUACCUUUCUUUCCUCUCCUCCCUUGCAGCAGCGGGCUCUAGCUCUUUGGUGCAUUGACAUUACAGCUGAAUGGAUUCUGUAUACAAGAAGUUGAAUAAAGUAAGAACUGUUUAGUGAAACAUGGACCUUGAGCUGAAUCUAAAAUAUUUUGUCUUCUUAAUCCCCCUCCCUGUUCCUCUCCCCCUUGUCAGGAUUCUGCUGUAAAUAAACAUGACUCUAACUGUA